AUAUUUUUCGUAGAAUACGAAUGAGAUUCAGCCUAACAUUAAGGGAAGAGCAGGAUCUAUUUCUUCUCUUUGAAGUGGACUAUAAUGAAAGCUUUUCAUUAUAUUGAGCAUGAUUGUAGAUUAGCAUAAUGAGGAAGGUCUUGAUGCUGGAUUUCAGUUGUGAUAUGAGAUGAUUAUUUUCACAAAUAAGAAUGAAGUUCCUUUAUAUUUAUUGGCUUUCGGUGACUUCAAUCUGUUUAGGUUGUUAUCAAGUCGCAGAUGUAAUUUUCGUAUUAGACGGUUCAGACAGUUUAUCUACAACAGAUUUUCUGCAUGAAGUUAGCUUUGUAGCAUCAGAACCUGCUCAAUAUCAUGUCCUCUCCGGCCAUGUCCGGUUUGGGGCCAUCCUUUACGGGUCCCAAGUGACCAAUAAAAUUAGCAUAGUCCCAAGCAUAGAAAACAAUCAAUUUGUGAAUAAAGUGACAAAGUUAAGACAAACAGGAGGAAAACCUUUACUUUUUCGUGCCUUAACAGAACUUCGAAAAGAAUUUUCAAACAAUUACCGCCAUGGAAGUAGGCGGGUUGCUAUUGUGAUAAUAAGUGAUAGAGUGCAUAAUAAGAAUGUUGUGUUACGAGAAAUAAGAUACUUAAGAAGUGCGGGAGUAAUAACAAUUCCCAUUGGAGUGGGACCAGAUACUCAGGAAGGGGAUCUAAGAGACUUGCUGACCUUCCAAAAUCCAAUAUAUCAAAUAAAUAACUUUAGUGAGAUAUAUCAGCUUUCCAAAGUCAUUUACAACACUGUAUGUACAGUGAAAACAACACUGUCUGAGACAACUUCAUUUCCACUACCUGAAAGUCAUUCAAAUGUCGGUGCAAACAUCGAGAAAGAAAAUUUCAAAAACAGUACUGUUUCUGCAAAACAACUGUCAAAAGCAAAGCGACUCAAAAAUGAAAUACGAAGAACUCCAAACCUAUCACUGAGUGGUUUACAGAUAGAAGUUCCAGAACUGAGAGAAAUGGUUGACAAACGCCCAUCAAUGAGGCCAUAUUUCAUCAACUACUCGCUGCUUGGCACCAAAGAAUCCAAAAUGAAAAACAAGGAAUCAAAACAUGACAGUGCAAAAUCAUUCCAUAAAACAGGGAAAAAAGUAACAGGGAUAAUUAUCAAGAACGAAAUCUGGGCAUCCUCAUCAACUCCUGCAACCAAGACAAUUGCUCGAGAAAAAUCAUGGACAACGAAAAUUAGUGAUAAAGCAGUGGACAGAAAACCGUCUCUGGAGUGGAUGGCUAAAGGUUUGGAUGAUUUCAAAAUGUUUCUUAAAAAACUUGAGAAUCCAAAGCAGAAAAACACAGGUGGUUCUCAAUUCAACUUACUAUAUACUACCAAGAAAAAAACAGAUGUAGAUGUUAAAAUUCCUAGCCAAUCAAAAACGACCAAGAAACAACGCACAGAUACUACAAAAGUGAAAAACUUUGUCAUAACGCAUUACAAUAACAGCUUUUCCGUUGGAAACCCCACGCGGAACCCAACAACAGGUAAACACAGAAGUAGCUCGAGGACUGUUUUUGGGACGAAGCCUCAAGAUGGAACGAAAAGGAAACCCUAUCGUGUUCAGCAACCCACGCACCCUAGGAAAGUGAAUAUCAAUUUAUCUAGAAAGCAACAAACAUCUCUUAGAAGACAUAAAGAUGUAAAUUAUAAAACUCAAAAACCUUACACUCAAACGUACAGAAAACUACCGAUAAGAAAUCGAGUUGGUAUUCCAGUUGUCAAUACUAUUUCAAAACUUUCUGGAAAUAGUAUUUCAUCUGAAAAGACUGUCAGUGAAAAAGUUCAAGCAAAGAUUCCAAAAUUAACUAGUCAGAUUUCAAAAGAUCGCUCAAUGUUUACAGAUAGCUCUGUGUUGGGUAGCCACCUGCGACCCAUUUUCACACUUAGUGGCUCGAUAGAAAACAAUGUGUUUUCUGGUGGAAAUAGUCUCCAAGUGUCAUCUACAGAUGGCAAACAAAAUCGAGGUCAAUUAUCUAAGAAUGGACUAAGCCAGAACCGAAUUGUUCAUGAAAGGCCUCAAAUUACUAGCAAUUUAUAUAGUCCAUCUAAUGAAUUUUACAUUGAAAAUGGAGUUAAUUCAAUAUCAUACAAGCAACAUUUCAAGAAACUUUUCAAUCCAGAUGCAAAAUCUGAUGAUUCAGUUAAAGCACCAUAUACUUUUGAUGGUUCCAAAAUAUAUGCCACCGGAACUACUGGUCCCUUAUUUCUCUCACAUGAGAAAAACUACCACCAGCCUGAAACACAGUUUCCCACAACACCUGUUCCAAAAAGCCGGGACAAUAAACGGCCGUUCUAUUUGACCGGACCAAACCAAGGUCAUCUUACUCCGUCCAUUGUAGAAUCUUCUACCCAACCAAGCAUGUUUAAUACAGAGAAACUGACGACCAGGCAAUCUAACACUUUUCCACCAAAUUUUCUGGAGCUGUUGGGUAUUUCAUUAAAAGGAACUAAAAAACAAGCAGCAAAUUUGAAAAGUUCUCCAUUUUCUUCGUUGCCCCAGAAACCCGAAAAAUACCACCAACAAGACAUAAACGUUCACUUUUACCGCCAAUCCCCGUAUCUUCCCUCACCAUGGGGCGAACCUACAGGUGCCCCACAAGAUCUUCCACUCCGCCCGUUUCGACAAAUCCCAGGAGAUAUAGGAUUGAGUUUUAGUGAUCAAAGCUGCACAAAGAAUGCCCACCCCAGUGACCCGAAGUUUUAUAUUGAGAGGCUGACAUUUGGGUCUGAAAUCAGACCAUGUCCACCUGGGACGAUUUUUGACUUAGAAACCUGUGGCUGUACUAAAUCGUUUCUUGUCAUUAAACAGUUCGAUUGUACUCCAGAGUUGCAGUUGACCUUUGAUAGUGACUUCAGUGACAUUUCUGGGAAAAGCACCAUUGCAAUUAACAGAGUCCAACUUCAGAAUAGCAGUGCUGUAUUUCAUGGCGAUGGAGAACUUCUCAUAUGGCGAUUUAGUGGCGGUUAUAUAGGGAACCAUUUAAUGACAAAACUAAGAUUUAAACCAACAAAGUUUCAGGAACAGAGACAGCUUCUGGUUGGCAACUGUGCCAAAGGGUCAGCGAUGUCUUACGGUGUUGAAAUUGAUACCAAAUCCCGCGAGCUUGUUGUGACCAUUAAAACAGUAAAACAAAGCGUAACAAUUAAAAUGCAUUUUAAGAUGUUCCAUUGGAAUGAUCUGGUAAUGAUUUAUGAUGGAAGUGAAUUUAAAGCAAUCCUGAAUGGCAAAAAAGAAGUUAUUCCACUAACUGGAGUAGUGGAGGAACGUUUAAAUCCAUUAAAUAUAGGAAGGUGUGACCAAACUAAACUCGGAUUUCAGGGAUAUAUUGAUAAUGUAGAGCUUUCGUUUUGUGUGCCAGAAAUCUGGAAAAGUCUUUGAGAUCCCAUUGAUUUUUGUUAUUUAUUAUUUUAUGAAUGUGAA